AUGGAUCUGUUUCCCAAGGAAUUAAUUCAAGGAGCAGUGGAAGCUGGUGCUGCUUUGAAGUUAUAUAAUUCUGUUUUCAUACAUCUUACUAGAUAUAUUGAAUAUAACAGUUUUAGAGUUAGGAAUAAACAUCUAUAUAAUUCUAUUGAUAGUAAUAAUGAAGAUGAAGAUGAUGAAGAAGAAGAAGAAGAUAAUGAUGAUGAUGAUGAUGAUAAAGAAGAUAAUAAUAAUGAAGAUGAUGGUGACGAUGAUAAUAAUAUUUUUGACCUUUUUGAUAAUCAUUAUGACAAAAAAUUGGAUGUAUCAAAAGAUUCCUUAUAUUUUAAAGCCCCGGAUUUUAUAAAACUCAACAGUGAAGAUACAAAAUGUAUUCAAAAUUAUACAAUAUUGUUAAAUUUUUUUGAAUUGAAUCAACAAACUUGCAAUUUAUUCAGUGAUAUUUUAAAAAAAACAGAAAAUUUGAAAAAAAUCAAUCUUAUUAUUUCUGGCAAAGACAACAGACUUUGUAAAGAUAAUUAUGAAUCAUUAAAACAUAAAUGUGAUAUCUGGAACAAACUCAUAAAAUUAUUAAUUCUUCUCAACUCAAAUUCUUUGAAACAAAUCAUUAUUUAUUCUAAGGCUUUUUCAAUCAAUGUUUCUAACCAUUUUUGGUUUUUGAAUCAAUUAACUGAAAGUGAAGACCAAAACUACUCUGUAAAGAACACAAAUGUUUUUUUAAAGUUUGAGUCCUUUAAUAAAUGUUCUUCACUUUUUAAAGAACAAAAAUCAACGUAUAUGACUCAGCUAACUGAAAAUAAUGAGCACAGUGAUGGUUAUAUCGAUGAGACUAAAAUUAAUCUAGAUGAAUUUCCAAUUGACAACGAUAUAUUUUUUAAAGAACUAAAUUCAUUCAUGAGAUUUUCAAUUGAUUUUUUAUCCUUUGCUUCUGAAUUAAAAAUAAAACAUUUUUCUCCUUCUCUUAAAAUGAAAACGGUUCGAUUUCUAGGUCACUCCUUAGACAACAUUGAAAAUUUAACAAAUGAAGCUGAAUUUACUGGUUUGGAUUUGUCCCGAAACAAUAUCUAUAACAUAUCAUGUCUAUCACAACUAGUAAAUUUAAAAACUUUAAACUUUUCUCAUAAUAAAAUUGAGGAUAUAUCACCUCUAUCGAAUCUAAAUAAUCUAAGAUCUUUAAAUUUAUCUAAUAAUGAAAAUAUUGUUCUUUGUGUAAAUAGGGACAAUCAAAAUCAGGAUGAAAUUGGUCGAGAAGAUCAAGAUCAAAUUCAAGUUCAAGUUCAAAAUAAUAACCCCAAUAAUCAUGAUGAUUACCGGCAAAACGGAGAUAAUCAAGUUAUCAUAAAUGAUAAUGAUAACAAAACCACUAAUUCAUCACCUUCUACUUCUUUUGAAACUAUUUUGAUCGAUGGUGUUAAUGGUUUGUUAAAUAAUAAUGCCCAAACAAAUAAUAUUGCUCAAACAGAUAAUAUAUAUUAUGAUAGGGGGGUUAAUCAUGCUACUUUUAAUAAUCUAGAUAAUUUUAAUUUAAUUAAUGAAGAUCAAAAUAAUAAUCCCAAUAAUCAUCAGAAUUAUCAAGAAAAUGAGGAUAAUGAAGGGGAAGAAGAAGGAGAAAAUAGCAAUGAUAAUACAAGUCAAUUGAUUGAAUUUUUCGGUGAAUUUCAAUUUAAUCAACAACUGCGCUUUGGUAAAGUUGAGGUUUUAAGUUUUACUAGUGUUGAGCCCAUAAGCAAAUUAAUUUUAUUAAAAGAUUUAAAUUUAAGUGGGAAUUAUCUCAGUGAAGUCUCUUGCUUAAGAGAUCUAGUUCUCUUAACUGAUCUAAACCUAAAUAAUAAUCAAAUUAUUGGUAUUAAGUUUAUAAGCUAUUUAAAAAACUUGAAAACAUUAUCAUUUUCUUCAAAUCGUAUUGAAAAUAUUGAUAGUUUAUCAGAAUUAAAAGAAUUGGUUUAUUUAGAAGGAAAUAACAAUUUAAUUAAAAAUGUUCAAAAAACACUUUUUUCUAGUAAAAAUGCCAAAAAUUUUCAAAAUUUAAAAAAUGUUAAUUUUUCUGCAAAUCGAAUUGAGAAUUUAAAUAAUAUUUAUAUUCCAAAAAACAUUAAAUAUUUUGAUUUUUCAUGGAACAAAGUCAAUAACUUUUCUAUUGAAAAUCCGCAAAAUCUUUCCAAGUUAAAAAUUAUUAAAUUGAAUGAUAAUCAAUUAAUAGAAUUGAAGAAUUUUGAGAUUCCAAAUAAUGUUUGGAGAGUUUUUAUACAAUCAAACAAAUUAAGAGACUUUUCUAUCAAAUUUAAUGAAAAUCAGCUUAAAUUAAGAUCACUUGAUUUAAGUUACAAUCAAUUAAUAAACCGAAAUCAAAUGAAUAUUCCUUCAAAUGUUAAAGUGAAUCUUUCACAUAAUCUAUAA